AUGGCCUCGCCCGCUGUCGCCAUGCCCAAUGCCAAUGGCCACGCCCUCGCCAAGCCAGAGGCCGAGUCCGAGUCGCCUGCCCCAGCCCGCCAGGACGACGUCGACAUGGCCGACGUGCCAUCGCCAUCCUCCUCCUCGUCCGCGGCUGCGCAUUCCAUCCCCGCCAAGCGCAAACGCGAGGGGAGCAUCGCCAAUGGCCAUGGCCUGACCGACGACACCCCGUCCAAGCCCGCCACAAACGGGCUCUCGCGCCAGCCCGUAGACCACACAGCUGCCGUUCGCGACUAUCUCGUCGUGCUUGAGAGAUUUGAUGCGACGCCCUCGCUCCUCAAGCGCCCCCUGCCGGACCUGGACGAGUCCGACGUCCCAUCGGCCAAGCGCACCAAGGCCGAGGACGGCUCGUCGCGGCCAUCCAUCGCCGAAAAGGCCGCCAAUUCCGAGUACGCCAGCCUCGACGCUGUUGUCGCCGACAUCAAGGCUGUCGUCAAGGACCAGCUGGCCCAGCUGCGUGGCAUCGAUGCCGACAAGGCCACCAAGGAGAAUGACCUCGCCUUGGCCAAGACCAUCGCCUUCGACCAGAAGGCCCGCGAACUCUUCCGUCGGGAGACGUCCUACCCUGCCGUGACCCAGAACCCCGGCGUGUUGCGCUCCCUGGAUGCCUCCAACGAUCUGCAGUCGAACGCAAGCGGCAACAUGAUAUUGAGCGUCUUCGGCGAGGCACCCAAGGCCCGCCAGCUGUACUCCAGCCUGCAGCAGCGCGUGCCCACCCCCGACAACCCCGAAGGCGCCAUUCAACCUCUGCGCGAGAAUGGCUUGCCCUCUGGCGUCAAGACUGCCAAGGCUGUGCCCUUUUCCUUCCCCUCGGCCGUCGAGAAGGACAAGAAGUCCAAGACCUUGGGCGAGCUCUUUCCCGCGCCCCGCAGCCUGCCAUCGUUACAGCCCCCCAAGGCCCCGAAGAGUACGACCAAGGGCGUGCAGGUCGGCUGGCAUCGUCCCGAGUUGACCGAGAAGUCAAAGUACCGUGCAGGAUCCUACUUCGGCCAGUCCAUGUCCACCGGCCGGUGGCUGGACUACAGCAAUGCCGCACCCCCGUCGCAGAUCAUGACAAAGCAACGGGAGAGAGCCAUGAGUCUAGCCGGCGCCAAGCCUUCCUCUUCCGACCUCGAGACCACCGAGAUGGAGGCCCUGUUCCGAGGCGCCUUCUCCAGCUUUGCCCCGGCCAAGGACGACUCGGCCGCCAUGGUGUCUUCGGGCCUUAUCAGUCAGACCAUGUGGUGGCAGAAGUACGGCAAGCGCACUUUCGACCGCCUCGUGGAGGCCGAGUCGCCAGACGAAGGCCUGGACGACACAGCCAAGGAGGACGAGAUCGAGGUCGACCUGGAUCAUGACUUGCUGGAGGAAGCCAUCGAGAACUGGGAUUCCAAGGUUGAUCCGAGUCUCGAGGAGAUGUGCAACCCCAAGAAAUCCAAGGAAGAUCAAGACGUGGACGACAUUCUGCAGGAUGUCUCGGACAUGAUCCAGACCCUGAUCUCGUUCCAAAAGAACCGCAACCUUACGCUCCCCUCGGCCGCAAAUCAGAGCCGUUACGCUGCAGACCCUGCCCACAGCGACAUGUUGACCAACGGCACACCGGCGCAACCCAGCGAGGAGGAGACGGCGACCUAUGACGUGUUGAAGGCACAGCUUGUUCUCAUUGUCAAGACUCUUCCGCCGUAUGCUGUGGCGCGCCUCAACUCGGAUAAACUCGAGGAACUGAACAUCAGCACCAAGAUCGAGAUACGCACCGAUGAAUAUCAGGGUGUCAUGGAGGAGGACGAGGCUGCCGCGCGUGCAAGAGCCGCCCAGCAAGCCGCGGCCACGCCCCGCCCCACCGCCCACCGGUCGUCCAGCUCUUCCAGCAGUGUGCCGUACGCGGCCCAGUAUGGGGCCGCUAAUCGCGCGCCGAUGCCCAGCCCGGGCUACUACGGCACGCAAACCCCGGUCCGUCCGCCGGCGAGUGUCGCAAGGCCACCCCCGUCCGGCAUCCCUCCGGCCUACCCUCAACAGCGCCCGCCGUCAAACACCGGUUAUAGGCCUACAAAUGGUUAUGCAGGUGGCAACAACUAUUCGCAGCAAUUGGCUAGAGGCCAGCAGACUUUCAGUCAGACCACUCCCUACACUGCCACGCCCCCCCAGAGCCGUCCUCCAUACCAACAAACUCCAUCGUACCAUAACAUGGGCAACAGCAACCCGCCGCCGCCGCGGUAUCCCACUCAGCCGCCUUCGACACAGGCACCGCCCUUCCAGCAGCAUGGCUACCCUCACCAACAACCGGGCACGCCGUCACAUCCACCGUACAGCCCGUACACUAAUGGUGCGACUGGUAUGCCUCCGAGAACUGUCUCCCCGCAGGUAGCUCACCAACAGCCCCAGUACAUGCAGCAGCAAGGUUUCACUCCUAAUGCAACCCCAUCCCGGCACUCCUCGUUCAGUGGACAACAACCGCCCCCCAGUGCCAACCAGCAGCAGCGCUACUAUCCCCCGGCGGGGUCGCCUCAGACGCAGCACAGCGCGCCUCCUACCGGACAGCAGAACGCCCAGCAGGGCACAUCGUUCCACACUUCCCUUCACCCACACCAAGUGCAGCAAGCCAUGGACCAGGCCAAAGCACGCUUUGCCGCCAUUCCGAGGUCUGGGGAGAAUGGCCGGCCCCCUUCAGCCCAGGGACAACAAGUGGGUGCCCCUGUAGGCUUGGGAGGUAUCGGUCUUGGGGCCUCCCGGACAAAUGUUCCAGUGCCUGGGGUUGUCAAUUUCAACACGCCCAGCCCGAGCCCAAAGCCCCAAACCAACUCUCCUGCAGUAUCACAGCCGCCCGCCGUCAACGGAAGCCCGGCCCCCGGUGCCUCGUCGGCGGCCGCAAACGGAACACCGACGGAACAGCCUGAUCAAGCCUAG